AUGCUGUGGACGGCGAUGAUAUUCGGGCCGGACGAUACACCGUGGGACGGAGGCACGUUCAAACUGACGCUUCAGUUCUCCGAGGACUACCCCAAUAAGCCCCCUGUUGUGCGGUUCGUCACCAAGAUGUUUCAUCCCAAUGUGUAUGCGGAUGGAAGCAUUUGUUUGGACAUUUUGCAAAACCAUUGGAGUCCAAUUUACGACGUUGGAGCAAUUCUGACUUCCAUUCAGUCUCUUCUGUGUGAUCCGAAUCCCAAUUCUCCUGCCAAUUCCGAGGCGGCUCGUCUGUACAGUGAAAAUCGGCGUGAGUACAUUCGGCGGGUUAGAGAGGUUGUGGAGCAGAGCUGGACAGCGGAUGUGGGCGAGUGA